AUGAAGAGGAAUGGAGACAUUGCAUCUCUUUUUCGGAAACAUAGAGCAAAGAAGAUUGCCUCUUCUUCAUCUCCUUCUUCGGUUGGUGUUGUGGCAGAAGAGCAAACUCAAGAACAAGAAGGAUUAGCAUUCCGUGGACAUGAUGAAAAUGAAGAGUCUAGCAAUAGAGGAAACUUCCUUGAACUUUUGAAUUGGCUUGCAGCAAAUAGUGAAGAGGUGAAUAAGUAUGUUUUGAAGAAUGCUCCAGCUGAUGAGUCUAGUGAUGUAUCACAUAAAGAACAACUAGCUCUUUGCUUACGUUAUGUUGAUAGAUUGGGAAGGCCAUGUGAGCACUUUCUUGGAGUUGUUCAUGUAGAUGAUACUACUUCUUUGUCACUUAAAGAAGCAAUUCAAGCUUUACUUGUUAGUCACCAUUUGACUAUAACUCAAAUCCGUGGUCAAGGUGCACACUUGAUGCUUGUUAUUCUUGGAUACACAAAUGAUUUGUCCCAGUGUUUGCAAAGAAGAGAUCAAGAUAUUCUUAAUGCAAUGACACUUGUUAGUUUGGCAAAGAGUAGAAUGCAACAAUUGAGGUCUGAUGGGUGGGAUGCAUUCAUUCAAAGGGUCACUUUGUUUUGCAAUAAACAUGGCAUCGAAGUUCCUGUAAUGGAGGGUAAUUAUGUGCCUUAUGGAAGAUCAACACGGUUUGCUCGAAACCAAACAAAUGAUGACCACUUUAGAAGAGAAGUAUAUAUUGGAGUGAUUGAUCAAAUUAAUCAAGAGCUUGACAAUCGGUUUGAUGAGGUUAAUAUGGAGUUGCUUUCUUGUAUGUCGGCCUUGAAUCCUGCCGACUCAUUUGCCUCUUUUGAUGCAGACAAGGUACAUAGACUUGCUGAGUUUUACCCUAAUGAUAUUUCAAGCACUGACUUGAUAAGACUUGAAAUGCAACUUGAUAACUAUAUUGAUGAUAUGAGGAGAGGUGAUAGCUUCAAAGGCAUAGACAACCUUGUGGACCUCUCAAUUAAGCUUGUUGAAACAAAGAAACAUAAAGUUUAUGAUUUGGUGUACUUGCUUCUCAAAUUGGUAUUGCUUCUACCGGUGGCGACGGCAAGUGUUGAAAGGGUAUUUUCUGCAAUGAGUUUAGUCAAGAGUAAGUUGAGAAAUAGGAUGGGUGAUAGUCUUUUGGAUGAUUGUCUAGUCACGUUUAUUGAGCGAGAUAUUUUCUCCAAAGUGAAUGAAGAUGAUAUAAUCGAGACUUUUAUGACUAUUAGAAGGUGUAAGACCAACAAAAAUUAG